UCGUCGAACUUCAAGCACAUAUAGUUUAUACUUCAAUAACAAUCGCUGUGUUUUAAUGAAAACAUUUGCUAACAAUCUGAUCGGUGUUUUAAAAUAGAGGCAAUCAUGAGAAGCCGUUCCAGUGGUAGAAGUGGGAAUGCUGUGCAAAACUCAUCUGUUACCAGCACUAAGCGUCCAUACAAUCGAAAAUCUCUACUGUGUCGGCUGUGUUUACGGACUCUGGCAAAGGAUGAUCUGUUUGAGAUAUUUUCUGGAAACAAUAAUCUGCAAAAAGUCAUCCGAUCGGCGCUUUCUGUUGAGGUAAACAGGAAAGAUCGUUCGAUUCGGGUUUGUCCUUGUUGUUUAGAUUUGGUUCAUACAAUUAAUGAUUUUCGAACGGUCUGUGAAAAAACAAUGCUACUGUUUUCACAAAAUGUUGAAAUUCCCAGCACCGCAUUUUGGGAGGAAGAAUAUGACCAAAAAAUAUUCACAAAAUGCCGCACCCUAGUAGAGCAGUGCAAGGUUGAAGUGGAGAAACUUUACCUGGACAAGUCUGAUGUAAACUGUGAUCCUGUGAUGGAAUCAUUGGAUGAAACCGUUCCCUUCCCAAGUGAAUAUAAGGAAAAAAUUGAAAUAAAGCCACUUAAAGUAGAGGACCCAACUGAUUUUGAAGUGCUUAGUGCCGUAGAUGAAUCUGACGAGGACGAUGAUGAGAAUGUUGAUGAAAGUUAUUCUUUAAAAUCGGAGAAUGAAAGUGAGGCUGGACUAAAUGUUUCGGCAAACGAACCCGAACUGGAAGUUGAAAAUGAACAACCAUUGAAAGAGACUGAUCCAGAUUUCGAAAUAAAACCAAAACGGUCAGGAAAAAAUUCGAGCGACCCCCCAAGGCGACGAGGACGUCCAUCUCUUCCCGAGGAAAUGUUGAAACGAAGAAGGCGUAAGCCGGGUGAACCGAAAAGAAAACCUGGUCCCAAAAAUCGAAUUAAGCUACCGGCGCAAUCGGUGUGUGAAAUUUGUGGCAAACUAGUGAAUCGUGAAAACCAAGAGCGUCAUCGAAAUGAUCAUCUGGGACACCGGCCGUAUCCUUGCACGGUUGAAGGUUGCACUCACGCAUUUUCCAGCAAAGCCGGCCUUCUUGGGCACCUGGCUCGUCACGCCGAUCGAGACAAUAUUUACGAUUGUGAUAUUUGCGGGGCGAAGAUAAAAACCAAGAGCUCGUUGCAGCGACACCGGAAAAUGCACACCACAGAGAAGCCGCAUGCCUGCAACAUUUGUGGCAAACGCUUCUGGCGAAAGAGUUAUCUGAAUCAUCAUGCCACCGUCCACACAGGAAUCGCAAAGUUCCCGUGCGAGUAUUGUGGUUUCGUGUUCAAAAAUAAGUAUUGGCGAUCGUUUCACAUCAAACAGAAGCACGUGGCGAAGGGGGAGGAACCCCGAUUCGAAGCUCAGGAAGAGUUGAAUGAAAACGAAGAAAUGCCGGAAGGAGUUGUGACUGAGAUUAGUAUUGAGUUUGCGUGAAUACUUUAGAUCAUUAUAAAUUACUUAAGCACUGCAAUAA